UUGUUGCCCAGCCACCAGCCAAGCUGACACUCGCCCAGCCUCCUCAAUUGAUCGAAAAAAGAACAACACGAGUAUUAAUCUGGUAAAUGAUUUUUCUUUCUGGGGUACCUGCCUAUCACUCCAUUUUUCUUCUUCCUACUCUGUACCUUUCGUCCCUGUUCUCUACACGGUGCAAUUGUGGUUGUAUUGUUUUGGUUGUACAGUGUAUAAGAUAAACAGCCACUGUCGCUAUACAGAGCGCUCCGUACAACUGCAGAACAUUUUGACAUCAACAAUACUGUCGAAUCUGCAUCUUGCAUGUCGCAUGCCGCGUGAUGAGGUGAAGUUUCAAUAGAAUAUUCUCACUGCAUUCCGGACACAAUCGACACUUGCAUCCCUUCUUCUGGUAAACGGUACUCGACAACGGACCACACAGAAGCAAAAUGAUUGGGACCUUGUUUUUCAUCUUCGACCGCUUGGUCGAGAUCGUCUUCUUGAUUCCGAUCAUUGGAAUGCUGGCCUACUUCAUCGACGGCUUCCUCAAAGCCAACAUAAUCACCCCAGUCUACAUCCUCGUCCUCUUCAUCGUCAGUGUCAUUGCCGUCUUCUGGUGCUUCGACACGAUGAUCCGCCAUGCUACUACAAAGCGCUCCGCAAUCUUCGUCUCCUUCGUCGACCUCCUCUUCUUCGGCGCCUUUAUCGCCGGCGUCUACGAAUUGCGCUUCAUCGCUAACGCCAACUGCGGCAACUGGCACGGCGAUGGCGAAUACGUUUCCCUAGGUCCGUUCGGGCUCUACGGCGCACAAACAGGGAACCCGCUAGCGAAUGAUCUGAACAAGACCUGUGCGAUGCUGAAGGCGAGCUUUGCAAUGGGGAUCAUGGAGGUGAUUUUCUUCUUCUGGUCUGCGCUCUGGGCACUGUGGAUUUGGAGGGGUCAGCCUAGGCCGGUGGCAAGGAAGGAAGUGAGGGGUUCAUCGUCGUCGAGGCGCAGGAGUCAUAGUAGUCGACGGGGACAUGGAAGUCGGGCGAGGAGCUCGAGUCGGAGACCGCAUUAUGUCGUCUAGGCUGUGACGUUCAUUUACUUGGUCUGCUAAGAUGCGGGAUCUAUGA